AUGGCUCAGCAUGAACUCUCGCGCACGCUUAGCAAAUACCUAGACAGGCACCUGAUCUUUCCGCUCCUGGAGUUCCUGCAGGACAAGGGCAUCUACGCUGAGGACGACCUGCUGAAGGCUAAGAUUGCGCUGCUGCAGAAGACCAACAUGGUGGACUUUGCGAUGGACAUCCACAAGGAUCUUUACCAGACAGAGGACGUGCCGCCGGAGAUGACAGAGCGGCGCAGCGAGGUCGUCGGGCGUCUGCGCCACCUGCAGAAGGCCGUCGACCCCAUCAUCGCGUGCCUCUCCAACCAGAAUGUCAUCCGCAACUUCCGGCAAGACAGGUCGUUCAAUCUGCAGUUUCUAAAGGAGGAGUUUGAUAUUGGGCCGGAGCAGGUGGACGCCCUGUACCAGUACGCCAAGUUCCAGUUCGACUGCGGCAACUACAGCAGCGCCAGCGAGCUGCUGCAGGCGUACCGGCCGCUGGUCACCACGAGCGAGCGCAACAUGAGCGUGCUGUGGGGCAAGCUGGCCGCUGACAUCCUCAUGGUCGACUACGACGCGGCCACAGAGGACAUCGCGCGCCUGCGCGAGGCCAUCGACAAUGCGCCGUUCCUCACGCCGCUGCAGCAGCUGCAGCAGCGCACGUGGCUCAUGCACUGGAGCCUGCACGUGUUCUGGAACCACGAGAACGGGAAGAACGCGCUGAUCGACCUCUUCCUGCAGGCGCCGUUCACCAGCGCGAUCACGGUCAACGCGCAGCACCUGCUGCGGUACGUGGCGGCGGCGGUGGUGGUCAACAAGCGGCGGCGCAACGUGCUCAAGGACCUCAUCCGCCUCAUCCAGACGGAGUCCUACGAGUACAGCGACCCCAUCACCCAGUUCCUGGAGUACCUGUUUGUGCACUACGACUUUGACGGAGCCCAGAAGAAGCUGGCGGAGUGCGAGGCUGUCAUCGACGCGGACUACUUCCUCACGGCCAUCAAGGCCGAGUUCAUCGAGUCUGCGCGCCUCUUCAUCUUCGAGACCUACUGCCGCAUCCACCAGUGCAUCGACAUCAACAUGCUGGGCCAGCGCCUGAACAUGGACCAGGAGGCCGCGGAGAAGUGGAUCGCCAACCUCAUCCUCAACGCGCGGCUCAACGCCAAGAUCGACUCCAAGGCGGGGACCGUUGUCAUGGGCGUGCAGAGCCAGAGCGUGCAGGAGGUGCUGGUGGAGAAGGCCAAAGGGCUCAGCGCUCGCACGUUCACGCUGUCCAACGCGGUCGGCGGCGGCGGCGCGACGGCGCGCGCCUAG